ACGGACCAAUUGCGUUGGUGCCACAGCUCCCCGCGCUUCUUCCUCCCGCCGCCCCUCUCAACAUCCAAGCUAUUCCCCCUGCCUCGUACUAAAUGCCUCCCUUUUUCUCUUACACCACUCUCCCCUAUCAACUCACGGAGGGCCCUUGUCCUAUGCGCGAGUUCUCAGAGUAUUUGGAGCUGGCCGACGUGGAGCCGCUGCCCUUCGCAGACGAAGACGCGUGGGAGUUGCACCGCGCGAUAUACAAGUCGGUGGUGCUGGGGAUGUUUCGAUUCUUCGUGGCGCUCGAAGACCACUGCAUCGGGGAGCACUUCGUUGUUUAUUACAUCAUCACACGACCCAAGCCGGCGCAGAAGGAGGGGACGGUGGCGUUGUACCCAUUUGCCAAGUUCCAGACGACUGAUCCGGGAUUGUUGGAGCUCAUACAUCUUGAGCUCCUAUCCAUUGCGCAAGUGAUCGCGAGCGAGGAAGAGGAGAUCCAGCCACGAUUGCGGACGGUGUCUGCCCCGCGGAGAAUAUACAACGGGGUCGUCGUCCCGGAUUACAUUGCGCAGCGCGAGGAGAGGUUGGAGGACUUCCUCAAGGAAAAGCCGUUGCGACCUCCCUUGUCGUAUCCCAGACCUGCGCCGCCAAAGGUCCCCAAGAAGACGCCGAAGAGGAAGAGACGCCACCCAUCGCCAGGAGUGCAAGGCAGACGGAUUCAGCCCGUGCACGCGCGGAGUCCUGACCCUGUGCCUGUGAGUGCGGCGACGCUGGUUAAGGAGACUGUCGUGCCACCGCCGCCCCUCCCGCGCGUACCCGAUCUCAAUCUCGAUGGAGCCGGGCCAUCAGCCGCAGCAGCCGGAGGAGGAAGCCGAACGGGAUUACCGGAUCCCGUAUCCAGACCCCCCAUCCUCGCGGGACCUUUUCGCUUCCGCCAGCCACCCCGAAAGCUGGACUUCAUGGUGGAGCCCACCACCAUCAGGCUCGAGGCCAUCGCGAGGGCGCCGCACCCUGAUCCGGCGUGGGAGCCAUAUCUGACACCCUCUUUUCAAGGGUGUAUCGCGGCGCGGAUGGCGGGGAUGCUCAUCUACGAGACCGGGCAGCGUCCUAAUGUGAUGUAUCACUUCCUCGUCUUCGCGGCGCAGAAGCUAGAGCGGCGGCCCUACACCGAGACUCAUCUGCUGAUGACGGGUCCCGGACCCCGAUCGGUGCGCAAACGGGUGGUGCGAGCGGCGUCGGAUCUGACGCCACGUGUCCUGUCUCAUGUGUCGGGGGCCUUUCUCUAUCCCUCGUUCGUCCAGCACCACUUCCAUGAGGAGGACGCGUCGACGACUCCCGCGGCAAUGGCCGUUUUCCUUCCACCUAUUCCGCCCCCUCUUAAUCCCGACAUCGAUCACUUCCUUUGAUCACCCUCGUCUGCUUCUCCUAUGCCCAAAGUUCGCACGUCGAGACGCGCUGUACAAAACAAAAAAGUAAUAGAUUU